CAUUGAUCACUUCAGUCUGAAGAUGAGGCGAAAUGGAUGCAAUGUAAUGCUGUACUCAGAACAAGCUCUUAGCUAAUUUUUUGUUCCCUAAGAGUUUGCCUCUUUUUUAUAUGCGAUUUUAGAGCUUUUCGUUGGGGUACCCUUCGUUUCCUUGCCAGGAUUUCGUCAGUAUUGUCCCGCUAAAUCCCAGAUCCCCGUCCCGGCCGAGAGCGGAGCAGGAACUCAACGACAUGCCUAUUCAGGCUCGCCGAAGAUUGAUGUGAAGUCGUAACCCAUGUAAAUGUUACAAUGGAACCGGUAUUUAUUCAAGGUAGUGACAUCUUGUGUCCAUCAAUGUGAAUGUUUCCGACCAUUGUCAACUCUGCACUAUGCCUCUCAAAGUCUUACCAGCUACCGAAGCCGAUGCUCAUCGAGCUGUGGCCAUUGAGACGGUUGCCUAUGGCCCGAGUCCAGUCGGAGCGGUGUUAUUCCCGGGAGGGGGAACUUCUGAGUCCUCAACAAGAGUCGCGGACCUCAUCGACUCUCUGCAGAAGGACGCGGCCUGCCGAUGGGCCAAAGUCAUUGAUACUGAUAUAGGGAAAGAGGAAGACCAGAUGAUUGCCUUUGCUAUGUGGUAUAUCUGGGAGGCUCCUCCAACAGAGGAACAACAUUCCUUCCCGUCUUAUCGGGGGCCGAGCUGUAAUGCGGAAGCAUGCGAACUCUUCUUUGGAGGCAAGAACAAUAUGAGGGUGAAUCAUAUGAAGGGAAAGCCAUAUGUUUAUCUGAAACUCCUACACACAGACCCGAAGCACCACAGACGUGGAGCAGCCUCUCUUUUGCUCAAAUCGGGACUUGAAGAAGCUGAUCGCCUGGGUAUUCCGGCAUGUCUAGAAUCUUCAGUGCAAGGACGAAAGCUUUAUGAGAAAUUUGGCUUCGAGGAGGUUGAUAGCCACACGUCUGACUUUUCAAGCUGGGGUGGUCCAUCAGACGUCACAGUUCCUUUGAUGAUUCGUCCUGUUGGAGGUCGAUCAAUUAACAAGGAGAGUCAGUAAACAGCACGUCGAUGAGGCAAUCGUCUGGCAAACCGAGUAUAUAGCUAGACUAAACAUUUAGUGCAAUACCAUAUGCUAGUAUGAUGA